AUGGGAAUCAUCUCACUGCAAUUGAGAGGUUCCCAGGGUGUAGAGAGGAGGGGAAAUACAAACGACUACCUGCACUGUUCCCACGGCUUCUCCAUAUUUGGUCCAACAGACGCCAUAGAAGUCCUUGGAAACGAAUCGGAUAUGGUGAUCAAUGCGGCGGAGCUCCACCCAGAACCCAAGCAUCCACUGUCACCUCCAGACGCGAGCAAGAUACGACACCACCUAUCCAAGGAGGCCAUCAUGUUAACGAGGUAUGGACGUAUGGGUUCCAUGAAUGGUGGUUUCAUACUGCCAUCUGGGAGUUCCGGGCAAUAUGGAGUUGUUUUCGUUGCCAAAGCAACUACACCAUCCCUAGAAGACAUAGUACACAGUGACAAGGCCUCGAGGACAUCCAGGCAGGAGGUAGGUCCGUCAGAAGACGACCUAUCCAGGACCCUGGUUGUUGUUCUCAUGCGUUAG